CACAUCCGCCAUGGGCUUUGAUACUGAUUUACUUUGGUGCGCUUCGUUUUCCCAUGGAUGAAGAAUACCAUUUGUUUUGUAUUUACCUUCACGAUAAUCUUACUUACAAAACGGCUUUGUUCGACCCACAUGGCGCAUUUGGGACAAGUGAUGGGAUAGGACCCGUCUUGGAAAAUGAGUAGAAGCUAUGAAACGGUGUUUAGGGAGUAAUUAAAUACUAAGAAAUCAUGAUCAGUGCUAAGGAUGCCAGGUCGCCCGUAGGGCAAAAGCUCAUUAACGAUUUAAUGAUGGACGAGGAAGAGGAGCUGAACACAGUUAUCGUGUAUGAGGAUGCGGAAGCCGGCGAUGCCGACGCUCCUUUGCCCCCGGGGCGCAAACAGCGGACACCGCCGCGCAGCAGCGUCCCUCCUCGUCCACCCCGCAGACCACCCACCACCGCCCCCAGCACCAGCCCUAAUCGCACCGUCGCAUCCGCGCUGUCUCCCAGUCUUACCACCCGCAGCCGUACACCCCGUCAUGGCUCCUCAGACUCCCCCAGCCCUGGCCGGCCAGCCACUGCCCCUGCACCCGCCUCCACCUCCAUGCUCCUGCCGCCGCAGCUGCCGGCUGCCCGCGGUCCCAAAGACCCCCGAGCUCCCGCUGUGAGCCCCCUACUGGAGCGCCACCUCGUCUCCCGUCACGCCAGCGCCUACCUAGGCACCGUCACAGCAGUGCUGCACCGCGUCUCAAGCCCGGCAGCCACCGGCGUGCCACGCGAUACACAGCGCCGGCCCGGCACCGUGCCCCAUGACGUCUACCAGCACAGCGCCCUCUCACCGCCGCCCAGGCGUACCUCACCAUCCCUGUCUUCCAGCGCUCCUGGGGCGUCGGUCGGGGCGUCGGUGGUGACCGCGAUCUCGGACAUGGCGUCUCUGCGCUCGCCGGCUGGGACGCUUGGGGGCGUCAGUGGGCUGGACGGGGUGGAUCCCAGCCCCGUGCUGCUGCACCCGAGUAGCCUAGCUCUGGGUCCGCUAGAGCCCGUGAGCUUCGGCGUCGCACCCCAUGCGCACCCAGCGUAUGGCGGCAGUGCAGGUGGCGGCAGCCGAGGAUCAGCGGUGGGCGCAGGCGGGAUGGGUAGCAUCGGCGGCAGCGCCGGCAGCGGCGUGGCGGGAGGCGGUCAUGUGCCGUACCUUGACCGCGCGUAUGCAAGCGUCGCGCCGCUGGCCUGCACGGUGGAUGCGCUGGCUCGGCGGGCGGAGGCGCACAAGGCGCUCACCAGGCAGCGCAUGCUGCAGAAGCAGCAGAACGAGCAGCUGCGGGAACACAUCCAGGAGAAGCACCAGAACCUGCAGCAGCAGUCCCAACCACAACAGCAGCAGUCCCAACAGCAGCACCAGCUGCAGCAUCCACGGAGCCCGGUACAGGGCGGUGGCGGUGCCAGCGACAAGGAUGGGCCUGUGGGCCCAGGCCACGUGGCGCUGUUCCAGCCCCGCAGUAACGAACCCUACCAGAUCAGGUGGGAGGGCGGCAUGCAGCCCAUAGCGCUGGGGCUCGCAUGGGACGCCUCGCCAGGCAUGGUGGCGGCUGCCGCUGCGGCUGCCGCCUCCGCAGCCGCCUCGGUAGCUGCCCGGGCGGAGGGAAAACGCAGCCUGUCGUUCUCCGCGUGCGCCUCGCCCUCCCUAGACGGAGCGCCCUUGUCUCCUCUGCGCUCUCCCGGGAGGUCAGGGAUGCCGGCUGGGGAGGUUGCCGGGCCGGCCACUGGCAGCCCUAGCGAAGAUCCGGCAUCGCCCGCUAGCCGCAGCGGCGGCGAGGGCAAGGGCGCUCCGUCAAGUCGCGGAGUCACGGGUACUGGAGCCAGCACGGGCGCUGUGUCCGCAGCUGACAGCAGCCCGCCGGCUUCAUGGGCGACGGACCUCAGUGGAACUCGGAAGCUGCGUGGCGCGGCACCGGCAUGGGUUGCAGGCGUGCCACAGUCGCAUGGAGCGGCAUCUGGCGCCGCCGGCGGCGGUGGAUCCCCGCCGCGCUCCUCCCCAGCCCGCAAGGUACGAUUCCCGCACCCCCGCACGGGGAGCAGCACAACGGCGGCGGAGGCGGUUGCUGCGGCGGCGGGUGCCGUUGCGGCGGUUCGUGCACACCUACCACCGGCGGUACGACGGGGCUACCGAGGGCAGCUGGCGGCGCAGACGAUUCGCGACUGGGAGACGAUCACCGAGCCCAACCGCCGCAUGAUGCAGCAGAUCGAGGUGGUGACCAACCUGGUGGGCACCUCGCACUCCUCCCUGACGGUCUCGCCUGCCACUCACGGCAAAGGCACCUCACGAAGUGGCGGCGCGGCUCAGCAGCGCGGCCGGGGCAGCCGCCAGCCGGGCUCGCCGCAACAGCGGCUACGCUCGCAGAAGGCACAGGAGCAGCAGCAGCAGCAGCAGGGCGUGGAGGGCAGCACGCAUUCCGGUUCGCAGGCCUCGGGCGGCUCCUACGGGCAGCACACCUCGGCUCGCUCCAAGCGGCGCUAUAUCCGCUACAGCUCCGACAUCUUCCCCGAGUUGGGCCUGCCUCCAAGGACCGGUCUGGCGCCAGGCCAGGUCCCGCCAGGCGGGCAGUCCGCAAGCAGCUCUGCCCGCGGCGGCGCUGGCGGUUCCGGAGCGGACGGCAGCCCGCGUCCCGCUGCCGGAGAGGGCGAGGAGGGUGCGGCCACAGAGUCGGAGGCAUCGAUCGGGCCGUCGGCUGCGGAUUCCUACACCUACUACCCCGGUGCCGAGUACUCGACAGAAUACGCCGAGGGCGAGAUUGUCUACCGCACCCCCAGCUCCAUGCGCGGGCCGCGGUACCUCUCCAGUGUUACCAGCAACCGCCGGCUGCCCACACCCACCGCCGCCGUCGCUGCCGUACUCGCCAGCGGCAGCGCCGCCGCCAGCGCUGUCGCGUCGCUGCCACACUGGCUGGACCCGCUGACCGCCGUCGCCACCACUCCGUUCGCCGCCAUGGGCUCCCCUCGACACGAGGAGUCCGCGUCCGCCGCCUCCACCACAGGCUUUGCAGCCUUCCCGGUGCUGAAUGCCUCCGCCGGCAGCCUUUCCGCGCCCCGUCCGCCCUCACGUUCCUCCUCCCUCGGCCCCGUGCUGUCCCUGGCCAGCCUGGGAGCGCGUGGUGUGGGGCUGCAUGGCCACCCCACCGGUCCGCCGCCCACGCCAGCCUCUCACGAUCUGCCGGACGAACCCACCGCAUGGUCUCUGGGCGGCAGCGCGCUCGGACCGGGCAGCUUUGGCCUGCCCAACGGGUACGUGUUCGGGUAUGGACCCGGGCAGGUGCCGCUUCCCGCGCGCCGCUCGGAGGAUUUGCACCUGGAAACCUCCUUCGGCAGCGGCGUACCGCCCAUCCCGCUUGGCUCCCCCUACCAGAGCUCCGGCGGUGCCGUCGGUCAUUCCGCGUACAGCGUGCGUGGAGUCUCCUCUGGCUCGGGUACAGCCGAGGUGGACGGCGACAGUACGGCACGUCGCCAGAGCGCCGGCUCCGACCUCAUGCGUCGUUCGUCCUCACUGGGCCCUCGACGUCCCGGCUCGCACUCCUACGAAUCCUCCUCCGCUGGCGGCGGUACUGGCUCAGACGCGCUUCGGUCGGUCGACUCUGUCGGAGGCGCCGCGGUCGGGCAACAGUCGGAUCGUCGCGGCGGCGUUGCGGUGGCGGGAAGUUCUGGAGGCGUGGCCGACAUGGGCGGAGGAGCGGACAUUAGCGAUUUGGGUCUGGGCAUGCCGCACAUACAGCGCACGUCCUCCCGGCUGUCGCAGGGCGCACAGGCAGCCCUGGGAGCGCUGCUGGAGGACGUCGGGCUGGGUGGCGGAGAGGUUGCGGCCGCUGGCGGGGAGGUGGCGUCACCGGGUAGUGGGAGCAGGCGGUCCGUGCCACGAGUGCUGUCCGCCAGCCGCGCUCUGGAGGUGUCCGGGAGCAGGCCGCCAUCGGGGCGCCUGUCAGCCAGCCGCAGCCGCGCGUCUCAGAGCUCAUCCUCCGCAGCUGGGGCCGGAGGUGGGCUGGGCAGCAGCAGCCUGGGUGGAAGCCGGCAGGACGUUGCCGCCGACGCUGCCGCCGCGACGGGGGCCACGGCGGGCGAGGUUCUGGCGGCGGCGGCGGGCGAGGAAGCUGUGGAGGCUGCUGUGGUUGGAAAGGGCGCCGGCUACAUCACUGCUGUGGGUGAGGAGUACGAAGGCGAGGAUGUCGACGGCGACGAGGGCCUGUACGACGAGGACGCCGCCGUCGCUGAAGAUGCAGCUGCCGUUGAUGAAGCAGACGGCGUUGAUGACGAUGAUGCAGAAGAUGAAGCGUCGGGCGCCAUGCCACCUCGGUACUCCUCUUCACCGCCGGUUCCGCAGGGCCCGGUGCUGACACCGGGUGCGGGCUACCGGGUGGUGACAUCGGUGGCUGCGGGGCUGGUUUCGGAGGACCCGCGCGAGGUGGCCCGCAUGGCGCAGCAGCGGGAGCUGGAGGCGCAGCUGGAGCGCAGCGCGGACCACGAACUGAAGCUCAGGCCGCCACCCGCGCUUCCAAGGCGCUCGCGCGCGCCGGCACGCAGCCCGGGGCUGCCACCCUGCCUCCCCUACAGCAGCAGCAGCAGCAGCCGGCUGCGGGCUACAGCAUCCUGCGGGUGCUGCAGCCGCGCCCCUCCCUGCCGGCUGCCAGCGGCGCCCUCAGCGUGGUGGCGGCGCCCGUGCCCGCACCCGCGGAGAUGGAGGCGCUCACGCAGGCCUCCAGGGCGGUGCUGGGAACACCGGCGACUCGUGGCGCCACACCCCACCAGCAGCACCAGCAGACGCCACCCGCGGGCUCCCGACGCCACCCGCCUUCGGACGCGUCUCAGCCCUCCUCACAACCCUCCUCCCAGCAGCACCCCGGCCAGCAGCAGCCACCCAACCGGCGCUCCUCCACACCGCCCGGAGCGGCGGGCCGGGGCUCCUACAUGCACGUGCAGGCGGCCACCAACACGGGCCGGACCGUGCAGAUGCAGGACGUGUGGGCUUCGUAAGGGGGCGCGCUGCUGUGCUGUGCAAGGUGGCUAAUUGCAUGGUCGUGUGGAGAGGUGGAGCACGCGUGUUCAAAUUGGCGUGUGAUGGCCUGCGGACGCUGCUGUAUGGCAGCAUGGGCGUGUUAAGAAAACUGGCCGCGAGUCGGACGUGUGUGUGUGUCACGCAAUGUGGCAAGGUGGAUCGCUAUGGCGACUGUGUACCGGUAUUGCUGCUAGCAGCGAUUUUGGACUUGCAUAACGGGUUGUCAAUGCUUGGUCGUCAUCUGAAGUACUGCUUGACUGAUUGUACCGUAACGUGUUGGAAUUCGGGUCCAUUGAGGCGCUGUGGUGGAUGUAUGUGUGACACAUAAAAGGAGAAUAUGUGGUUAUUGUCGUGUGGAACUGACAGCUGCAGAAGAAAGCAGACUACGGAACUCUGAGGCACAUAGGGCAUUGGAUGGCAAUUGGAGGGCAGCAGCCGGGAGCAGUCAGAAGAGCAGUCGGGAAUUUUGGGAUGGCGACUCCAGCCUUGCGUGCUUGUCCAGGGCUUCCUUUGUCGACAUGCAGGGGAAUUCCACCAUGUACGUAGCAUGACCCACUCAUAACUUCUAUAUGCGUGUUUUGUGCUUCCUAGUUCGCUUAGCAGCAUGUGAGCUGGGCUCUGCGAUGGGUGUUGUACUGGACGACAUGAGCAACCCGACUGAACUGCAGGCGGGCAGCAGGGGCCGAAAGAAGGUCCCGCUGACUGUUGCGUGUAUGGUGAUGCAGCCGGCAGGGCAAGUUGUACGGCGGUGCCUCUUGCUGUACAGCUGGACAGAUGUACUGUGGCAACUGUACGGCAAUUGCUGAUGCUGGUGUUGGGCCGUACACAGGGUUGUGUAGUGGAGGGUUGACUCGGCAGAGCCUGCUGCGGUGUGCACUGUUGCGGUUGGGGAGUUGAGGAAGCGUGACUUGACGUUCCUUCCUGGCAACAACUGACACCUCCCUUGAGUUGGUAUCCGCGAUCGUGGAGGGGACCGCACGCUCUGGGGUACGUGUGCUGCAUGUGGUGCGACUUGCGUGCUGCCUUGUUGACGAACGGGAUGGGACGGGGACUGGCGGGAAACAUGUACUGCUGGACUGGGAAGCCCCGGAAAUAACGUAGGCUAAUUGGAGGGAUGUGUGUUGGAUAUGCGGAAUGGAGUAAGGGCAAAGAGCGGGUUGCAUGCGCGUGCGCAUGCAUGUUUGUGACGUUGGGUUCGCACGCUUUGCUUUUUGCUGACCAUGGUUUCAUAUGGGUAGUGGUGUUGCUUUGAAGCAGGCGGAUCUGCAGCUUGCCGGCGGCAAGUGCAAAGCAUGCAGCGGCUGCUGCUGCUUAGGGAAGCAAUACAUUGUACUUGGAAUGGCGAGCAUUCAGAGUAACACUGUAAGUCGAAAUCUAC